AUGGAGACGUUCCUGUGUGGAUCGAACCCCCAUUUCGGGCGGGACCCUGGCCCGGCACCGACAAGACACGGCAAUCCGCCGGUGCCGCCAACCUUCUACACAGCCCCGAUCCAACCGCCCUUCCCUCCGGCGUCGGCCCCUCCAAUCCCGCCUCUGUUCGCGGCGCCGCACAUGCCACCCGCGGCGCCGCACAUGCCACCGGUGACGCCGUACACGGCACCAGGCGGCCAGGUGCCCCUGGCACCCGGCCAGUUCUACAUCGGAACAGGGAUGGUGGCGCCGGGCGUCGGCCAGGUCCCCGGCGCCAGGUUCACAACGGCACACCAAGGGCCAGUGCAGUACGUAGCAAACCAAAAGGGCAGCGGGCGGGUGCCUGUGCCAGCACCAGUGCAAGACCCAAGCUUCACGGCGGGCAACCUGGUCAACCACACGGGGGGCAUAGGGCUGGAGCCGGGGUACGACUACUUCUUCCACCGCAAGCACACCAAGAUUAUCGUGCUCAAGCUGCCCGGCGUCAAGGCGCCGUGGGAGCUGACGCCCGGCACCGACCGCAUGGAGAUACCCUUCCGCGCCACCUUCGUCCCCACCAAUACCACCAUGGCCGAGCUGCUCGAGGGCUUCGGCGCAACCAACCCCGACAAGGCGAGGAACAGGCUCACCGAGGUCCACGAGAAUGGCAACGGCCGGUGGCACCGCGGCAUCGCCGUGUGCGGCGACGACCCCUACCGCACCGGCCUGACCUGUCGUGAGAUGGGCUGGGACAAGACGCGCACUGGCCUACCCGGCGGGAAGCCCGCCGUCUACUUGUACAUUACCAAGGGGUAGUAUGCGAGGCACGGCGAUGUAUGAAAGGUGAUGAAUUGCUUGGGGAAGCUAAAAUCUAUCGGCCCGCAGGCGGGAA